AUGUUUAUGGCAGCUGCGCAGACCCUCAACAUCCCCACUCGCUCCGGCAGCAUCGUCUCGCUCCCCCAGCCCAGCACCAUCACCGGCAGCGUCAACUUCGGUAACAAGGAGUUCGACCGCGGUCGGCCCUGCAACUCGGACGAGGACACUGGCAGCGACAGCGCCGUCUUUAUCCUCCAGAACGGCGCGUCCAUCUCCAACGUCAUCAUUGGCGCAAAUGCGCUCGAGGGCGUGCACUGCUUGGGUAUGUUUUAUAUUUGUGUUGUGAUUCUGCAAGAAAGGUACUGA